ACAGGGGUUGAACAUUUUUUGCUCUGUGUCGUUUGGGAAACGUGGACGGAUCAGAUGCUUCUCAUCCUGCUGGAGACUUGAAAUGACUGAUGCCAAUAAGAGCAGGAACUGAUUCUGGAUCGUUGAAAGUUGCAGGUUGCUGAGUGUCCAGCGGGGGUCACCAUGUCUAACAUGAACGUCACUGAGCUGCAGUCGCUCCUGCUGUCCUUCCUGCAGCACUGCCUGAACAGCACAAGAGUGCUGUCUCCACCGAUACCUCAGAACCACACCUCCCAGCAGGCUGUGCACUACGCGACUGGAGCCACGGCCCACGCUCAGUCUCAGGGAUUCCUGUACAUCCUUCUGGUGGUUGGCUUGUUCAGCUUCUUCACGUUCGGCAUCAUGCUCAGCUUCAUUCGCUCCAAGAAGCUGGAGAGCUCUCACGACCCGUACCACCAGUACAUCGCCCGCGACUGGACCAAGGUGACGACUCCCUCCAGGGCCGUCGCUCAGGCUCUGCACAGGGAGGCUGCAGGAAGCGGAGCCAGCAGCAAGGACCCAGUCAUCAUCUGCAACCCUGCAACACUGGAUCAGCUGUCAGACUAGAAUUAGACAUUUCACACUUUAAAAUAACCAAACACAGAAACACUUUUAAACAAGAUCU